UCUAAACCCAUCACUUGGCAGCACGAAAACUGACUUAAAUUUCCAUAAUUGGCUGCUUGAUAAUUAGAGUACUUUAAAGGACCAUUCUCAAAGAUUUCCUUCACUGGAUGUAGCAGCACUUGCUGACUUAGAAGAAAUAUUCUCCAAAUAACUUAUUCGUAAAAUAUAUUUAGCUACAUUAAUAAAAAUGAAUUACUGUCUAUUUAUAUAUUAUAGAUACAGAAAGAAAUAAAAUAAUUAUUUUUCUUAAUAGUAUAGGAGGUAGCUCUGGCAGUGGUGAUGCUUUUUGUAGGCUGAGGAUUAGCCUGCGUUUCUGAGCUGUUCUUGUUUGCCUGAUAAAGCAAAUCUCGAAUGGGCAGUGGUGGCCUCUGGCUAAGGAGCUAGGCAGGCUUUUGUUGGGCCAUAAUUCCCUAGCAGGAACUGUCUGCGUGUGCUCCUUUUCUUCCAGUGCGAUAGCAAACAAUUCUGGCAGCUGUCCUUUAUCCUCUGGCUUUCUCUGCUGCUUUCUAAUACAUGCACAGAAUUUCCAGCCAGCUCCUGAGGCCCAGUAUAUAGUUCUUGAUAAUUCUGUUAAAUCUUGCUUCAGCUGCGUUAAGCAAAUGCUUUUAGGUUGAACUUGUGUAUUGCAAAGAAGAGGGGAAGAGACGACAGCAACGGCAGGAGAUACUAAAAAUACAAACCAGCAGGCAAAGUAUAUGUCCUUGGGUGACUAAAAGCUAAUCCAGCAGGAGUUCAAGGAGCCUUGAGUGUGGCAUGCCUGUUCCCGCACCGAUCAAACGCAGCGAGUUGGGAGCUGCAGGCUUGCCGCCGACUGGAUCUCUCCCAGACGAGCGUGUGUUGUGUUCCUUGCUUGCUGUUGACUUCUAGAGUGUGCGACUCUGCCUGUUACACGACAGUUAAACAGAGCUCUGGUUUGUGCUCCUCAUGUGACCAUUAGCUCUGUACCAUUAGCACGUUGUGGAUUUUCUAGGAUUCAAGCAGGGAGAGUUGAAGUCGACUGGAGGAGGAAAGGUUUGACAUGUCAGGUGCCAAGAGCCUGCAGGACUAGGUCCUUAGGCAAAGGCUUCUUCUUGGAAGCUGAUUUCUGCAGCAGUCUAUAGAUGUGAGCUUGUGCGAGGUUGGGUUAAAUCUCUUUACUGAUAUUUUGGAAGGACUUGCCGCUCUAGGGUCUGAGUUUUGCUGAGGGCCAGUGAAACGGAGACCCUGGAACCAUUUUAUCCAUUUUGAAAUGCUUUCUCUUGCCCCCAGGGUAAACUUCCAUGGUGUUUAAAUGCUGCCUAGGAAAGUUUAGUGGCAUAAUUACUGCAUUUGCCAUGCGGACACAGACUAAAUCAAGGCCUCUACAGGCAUGGACAGAUUGGCAAGAUUCCUUGUGUGUACAAACCCUUAACUGCUUGUUUUUCAAAUGGCUGCCUCUUCGUGCGUACUUCAUGAAGCACUGAAGAUGACGGUGUUGAUAUUUAGCUUGUCACUGGCAAUUAGCGCUAACACGCAACUCAUAAAGCUGCAAACGAGACACUGAGUAAGAGCCUCAGAUGACUUUGUACCGGUAAUACUUGAUUCCACAAUCCUGUAACUUCUUUGUUUUCUAUGUUCAACACCUGAAGCACAAGAGGAUGGCUGCAGGUUAACAAUCCCGAGUUACGGAAACUUAACCUGAGCUUGAUUUACAAGCUGGGCAAUAGGAAGGCCAUUUCCUUACAAAGUCUUUUUUUCUGCAAAUCAAAUAUUAAGGAAUUUUCUCUGGUAGAGGGAGCUUGAUUUUAUUUAUCAACAAAUAAAUGUACAUUCUUGCGUUUCUUGUCGUAUUUGUAGUUCAGCAAGGAAGUAUGGUAAGCAUCAAAAUAAAUAUCAGUAUUGGUAGCUGGUUUGUUCUUGCCCAUUUCAAGGGGAGCACAACCUUUUCCUGGCUAAUUAACUGAAAUUUCCAAAGUAAUAAACUCCUCUCGCCACUUGAAAUAAGCUGGCAGCUUCCCAGCGAGCACUGGUAGGGUGCUUGGGUGUACGUGUACGCGUAUUUUCCCUGACAUUGUCCUUGCCCUGUUUCUGGCAGGGCUUGGAGGGCUCAGCCGGCUGGGCCGGUUACAACUGCCGUAGCCACGGUGAUGGGAAACAGAGCUGGGAUCCCCACUGCCCACCCUGCCUUCGACAGCCUUAGAGAGCUCAGUAAUUGCUUGUUAAUUAAUCUGUUGCCUGCAGCAGCAGAGAGGAAAGAGCUGUCGGUGGUGAUGGCCUAGCGGGUGGCGAUGGCCGAGCAGGAGGGGUGCGGCGUGCAGCAGUUGGAGGCACCACGGUGAGGGUUGGUGAGGGUUCCACGGGCACGAGCAGCUCGGCUCCAUCUGUGGUCACAGCACGGCAACAACUCCACCGGGCAGCAGAGCUGCCAUGGCCACCGCACGUGCAGCGGGGCUGGAGGGCCAUGGCAGGGCCACCGGGGCCGUGCAGGAACGGAAGGUGAACCUCAGCCAGCGCGUCCAGGAGCUGCACACCAUCAUCGCCUUGCAAGAGCAAGGGAGGAAGUUAUUCACACAGUCGUGUGAGGAAAAGCUCAGUCAGAACAGGGAGCUGCUCCCCCGCCUGCGCGAGGCAGUGCAGGAGGAUGUCCAAGCCCUGGGCAUUGUCCAGAAGUGCAACAAGCUCACCGUCUCCGAGGCUUGUGGAGCACAGAAGCACUUGAGCAUCGCUUUGGCCAGGAAGACAGUGGAGGUGGCCAAGGAGAAGCUCCGGGCCGACAUCUUUGACCGGGUGAACACAUGCAACAUGCUGCUGUACCAGAUGAGGCAGCGGAGCCAAGCCCAGGACAAGCUGCAGAGGCGGCUGCAGCAGCUGCAGGAAGCUGAGAUGGAUGAGGAGCAACAGCAGGCACAGGUGAUUCGCCAGCUGGAGAACAACAUUGAGAAGAUGCUCACGAAAGUCCAUGCUGGACAGAAGGUGACCGCCCUGUACCUGGCGGUGCGGGAUGUCCUGAGGAAGGAGCUGGCCCACCUGCCUCUGCACCUAGACCUCCUGUGUGGAAUGGCCGAGCUGUACUAUGGGGAGCUGGAAGACAUGGAGCUCAUGGCCUUGGAUGCCCUCAAAGCUGCUGAUGUUACCAAGGAGGACAUGGCUGAGAUGGAAACCCGGUUUCUCGCGGAGAGAGAGCUCAGGUACCACUCCCUGGCUACCCAGAAGGUGCACAUCGACAGACUCUGGCUCAAGGAAGCAAGCGAAAGGCACCUGAGAGUGCAAGCCAAGUAUGACCUCGCCGUGGACUUCCCCACCCUGCACCCACAGGACCCGCUGGGGGGCCCCAAACUGGAGCCCACCCAGUCCCAGAUGGAGGUGACCCAGAAGAUGGAGAAGGCCAAGGCUGCGAUGCAGUGCUCCCACCUCUGGGACAUCCCCGGCAGGCUCCUGGCACAGCAGAAGUCCACAGUGGACCUGGAACAGUACAUCAAGGAGUGCAAGGAGAAGAAGCAGGUGCUGAAGGAGAUGCUGAAGGAGCUGGAGCUGAAGCAGGCUGAGCUGAAGUUUCGCCAGCCCCCCAACACAACCAGCUGUAUGGAUGUGAAUGUGGUUGGCUCCAGGAUGCUGGAGGAGGAGCUGAGGAUGAACCUGCAGUGGGAAGAGGCUCGGCUGGAGCAGAUGCGAACCGAUAUGCUGAGGAACCAGGAGCUCCUGCUCAAGUUUGAAAAUGGCAUCGACAACCUCUUUGUCCAUCUGCACGGCAUCACUGUGCCCAGCAAGGAUGAUUCUGUCAAGGCCAGGGGAGUUGAGGAGAAGCUCCAGAACUGUGAGCAGAAGCUGCAGUACCUGAUGCAGCAGGCGGCUGACCUGUCCCCUGACAGGCACAGCCCCGACGAGGACAAUGAGACUUUUGUGAAGGUCAGAAAUUUUCUGGAGAAAACAACCACGAAUGAUCCUCAGAACCUGAAGAUUUCUUUGGAAGACAUGGGCAGUAGGGUCCAAGACCCCUUUGAUUUUGCUGACAAAGACCAUGGCAACGUCCUCACCCGGGAAGACAUCAAGAAGCAGGGGCUGCACCUGAUUGAAAGCAAGAAGAAAAGCGGCAAGAAGAAGUAGAGGCUGUAGGAGUAGAGUUUUGGAUGCGCUCGGCCGCCCGUUGUGGUUCGGAUGCCCCAGGCCACCCAUUGUACCCUUUUCCCAUCAGGUUUAAUAGAGCAGAUCUUUUUCAUUCCUCCCAAGCCCAUGGUAAAGCUGGAAUGGGGGGGUCCUAGAUCACUGCUGUCACCCAGAAUGCAGGGGGUCAAACCCU